AAUUAUGAAAAAAUGGAGGACGUUAAUGAGAAAGAAUCUCUUUCUAUUCCACAGUAUUCUCUGCAGAAAGGCAUUUACAUUUUUGUUGUCUAAACUUAAAUUUUUUAGCCCGAAAAUUGUGUGCUUGUAGGACCAUUUUUGAACUUUUUGUUCUUUGUUUGUCCGUCGUGGAGCUCAAAUGGCCACUCUUUCUCCUAGGCAAAAGGAACAACACAGCAUUCAUCAGGCCCACAUGAAAAAUAUUUGUGUAAUCUGCGGUGAUAUAGGUUUUCAAGAAGCAAUUAUUACCUGCUAUCAGUGUAAAAGUGUUGACGUGCACCAAUAUUGCUUGGUGGGCUACAGUGAAGAAGCACCAAUGGCUUGGUGUUGUGAAGAAUGUCAUAUUGGCAAAGGGGUAAUAUCUUCAUCACGCGGACUAGAAAAUGAUAAUUCUGAGGGAUCCAGGUUGCAUGCCUUCGCAAAGAUUUGUCGGAGUACUGUGCAACCAAAGAAACAUAGUACAUUUCCUGGUAGGCAUUAUAUUAACUGGGAAAAGGAGGUACAGACUGGGAAAACGAGAUAUCUACCUGUUGAAGAAGCACUUGGUCUGUCAUCAGGCAUCAAGAAAUAUGGAUCUCCGCUGAUAAAUACUAGCUCCACAAGAGUUGUGUCAACCAAAUCCAUGGCACCUGUGACUCGAGGGAAUUUCAGCAAACCGAGAGCUCAAAUUUCAAAUUCUUUUCCUGAGAAGAGCACAGUGCAGUGGUCUUUAGGAUCAGGAUAUACAAAACCUCAGAAUCCUCAAAAUGCCAAAAUCACCGAACAGAGCAAAAAACAAGUGCAAUCAUCUAAAGGUCUUGGUGAUUCUGCCAUUUUGGAGCAUAGGAGUCCCUAUGCUGUGAAUGAGAGUCGAAUGAUAAAUCCAUCUACAACACACCCUUGUGAUCCUGCUCUAGUUCCUUCCUGGAAGGGAAAUUUUGACAUCUUAGGUGCUCUAGAACUUGCACCUGGGAUAUUCAAUAAUUAUAUCCAGGCUCACCCUCCUUCCAAAGUUAGACGUAAGGUGUAUGAGUUCUCAGGGCUAUUGCCUGAUACUCUCAAAUUUGAACUAGUACCACGUGGGGAUAUUUGGGCGAGUCUAUUCAACAAUCAUUGUCCGGGUAAAGAAGACAUAGGAUUGUAUUUCUUUGCAAGUGAGAGAGAAAGGUCUGAGAUAUAUAUUGCUCUGGUGGAGUUCAUGCGUCUCAAAGAUUUGGUGAUGAAGACGCUUAUCAAUGAUGUUGAGCUGCUUAUACUUCCAUCUACAGCCCUGUGUAGUGAUUCUCAAAGAUGGAACAGCAAGCACUUCCUGUGGGGAUUAUUUUACCGCAUGGGACAAGAUACAGACGGAUGUGCUGAAGGGGGAAGUAACAAAGUAAUCGAUAUGGAGAUAGACAUGAUAGGGGGGAAAGAUGUUUGUACAGCCAAUGAGGUUGAAAUGCAGAUAGACAUGACCGGGCAGGAAGAUGUCUGUACACCCAAUAAGGUUGACAUGGAGGGCUAUCAGGAUGAGGUUGAAAUGGAGAUAGACAUGAUAGCUGGAGAAAAUGUAGGUACACUGGACAUUGUUGUCUCGACAACUACCAGAAAUGGUUUUGAUACCUCUAUAAAAGGAACUGCUACCUGCAGUGGGUCUGAAUCAGUUACUCCUAUGGUUUCAAGAACCUCCAAGGGUUGCAAGGAACUGCCUCUAGUAAUCAAACGCGAGCCUGUUGAUGACUUUCCUCCAGGUUUUAUUCCCCGUUCAGCUCCUACUAAAUGAGCCGCGCCACCUGGAAGUUAAUCGUGGUUGCUGCCAACUUGUGAUUAUCACUAC